AUCAAUUAUUUACGAAAAUGCCAUUUAAUUAGAAAAAUUUCUCAAUGUUUAAGAUUAACUCGAAACGGCUCCAUUUUAUCCACCUAAAUUUCACAUGCAUUUUCUAAACUUAUCUUUUUUAGACCACGGAGCCCAAUAAUCUACCCAUCGUGAGUUAUGAAACCACUCAGGCACUCACCCACCCGAACCUCUGCAACUAAAGGCAAACCAUUUAUUUUCAAUUCAACAAUGUUAAUAAUAAUAUGCCAACCAUGUCUAAAUUGACGGAUGGAGGCCUUAACAUCCAAGCAAAGAACCCCCCACCAAAAAAGUUCUUUUAAUCCACACUCUUCCUCUUCCAAAUUCAACAUUUUUUUUCCACCAAAAAUACAAAAGUUCCCCCAAAUUCCAAGCACACCCUUUUACCUCUUUAUUAACAGAAAAACCAGAAUUCCAUCUUCCUAUGAUAUCCCCUGUUCUUCAAAAAACAAAUGGGUACCAAAAAAUUGAUGCUAACUCUGAUAAUAUUAUCAAUAUUAAUCUCCCUGAUUUACAUCUCAACCCUAUUACUAACAAAACCCACAGUAAUUAACACAAAUAAUCCCUUCAAAUUAGUGAAAAAACCCAACAUUACAAGAAAUUAUCCAGUCACAUUUGCAUACUUAAUCUCAGCUUCAACAGGUGAUGUUCCAAAGUUAAAGCGAACAUUACUCGCACUUUACCACCCGGGUAACUACUACUUGAUCCAUUUCGAUUACGGGGCCCCGAAAUCACAGCAUUUGGAAGUUGCAGAAUUUGUAUCAAAAAAUGAAGUUUUUAGUCAAGUUGGGAAUGUAUGGAUUGUGGGUAAACCCAAUCUUGUUACGUAUAGAGGUCCUACAAUGCUUGCUGCUACUUUGCAUUCGAUUUCUAUACUUCUAAGGACUUGUCAAUGGGAUUGGUUUAUUAAUCUCAGUGCCUCUGAUUAUCCUCUCGUUACUCAAGAUGAUUUGAUUUAUGCGUUUUCUGACGUACCAAGAGAUCUUAAUUUUGUACAACAUUCCAGUCGUCUGGGUUGGAAAUUGAAUAAAAGGGGAAAGCCGAUAAUAAUUGAUCCAGCACUAUACAGUCUAAAUAAAUCUGAGAUUUGGUGGGCUGUGAAACAAAGGGGUCUCCCUAAUUCUUUCAAAUUGUAUACAGGGUCUGCUUGGACGGUUUUAUCAAGGUCCUUUGCUGAGUAUUGCAUAGUAGGAUGGGAAAAUCUUCCAAGGACACUCCUCUUGUACUACACCAACUUCGUCUCCUCACCCGAGGGAUACUUCCAAACAGUCAUAUGCAACUCUAAGGAUUACAAGAACACGACUAUUAACCAUGAUUUACACUACAUCACUUGGGAUAACCCUCCUAAGCAGCAUCCGAGAUCUCUAGGGAUCAAGGAUUACCGGAGAAUGGUCUUUAGUAACCGACCAUUUGCUAGGAAGUUCAAGAAAAAUGACCGAGUGCUUGAUAAGAUUGAUCGAGAAAUUCUUAAGAAAAGUAAGUGGGCAGGUAGAUUUAGCUAUGGUGGGUGGUGUGGUGGGGGAAGCGAUGGCGAUUGUUUGGAGUUAAAGGCGGAGAAUUAUGGUGUGUUGGAUCCUGGUGUGGGUUCAAGGAGACUUAAAACUUUGCUGACAAAAUUGGUUUCUGCUAGGAAUUCUAGUAAACGUUGGUGUCGAUGAAUGCCAACUACAUACAAUGAUACAAUGAUUUGUUUUGUGAAAUUUGAUUGGUGAUGUACAAUAAUAAUUCUCAUUUCUUUUGAAUAGGAAAUAAAUAGUACUACAAUGGUACAAUUGUAGUAGUUUUGUGAAAUAUUAGUUCAUCUUAUUCAAGCCUGGUAAAAUACUUUAA